AAUUAUUGCCCGAAGGCCGAACUGUCAUAUUAUAGCUGGUUGAUAAAAUGUCGCUAUAGCUGAAACGCUCUCUGACCUUCACCAUAUAAAAGAAGAUGCAAUAGCCAGAGCUCAGCCAAUUCUUCAUAGAAUUAGCGGGCACAAAAAACUUUCAGUUGGAGGACAAGCGAUGAAGGUUGACUUGAAGCUGGUAAUUGUUGUGACCGUCCUGAUAAUGACGGUCGGCAAUGGCGACGGGUGUGGAUCGGGAUCAGGGGGCGGCGGUCACCGGCGAAGCUACCCACAUGACGUCAGAAGCAGAGAGAGACUCACUCCGAUCUAUAACGAGCCUGUUGUCAAGGUGACGGAAUACGAGCGACCUUUGAACGGCUGGAAGAGAAAAUACGGACCUCUGAAACACAGCGGAGUCGUCGUUCAAACAAAAGACGGAAAAACCCAUCUUGUCCAUAAAGGGAACGAUUAUGGCAGGUCUAGUAAUACUGUCGUCGUAGACACAAAGCAUAUGAGCUCAAAGUGGGAGAGAACAGGAAAGAGCCGAGCAGGGCGACCGGGAGAGACUGUUGGCGAUUUCGUGAAGCGAGGCGGGAAGGAUUACAACGCGAUGAAUGACAACUGUCAUGAUGCUACCAAGAACAACAUGGACCCGAAGGGAAAGACACCAUAGCCCCCAGAAGCACGAGAAACGUGACGCCAUAGACCCCUAAAACAUUAACAAAAGUGUUUUUUUUCGCUCAUUUCCCAAUUUUUCCCCAAUCCUCAACAAAUUCCCUUAAAACUCUUCGGAACCUCACAAUAUACUACAAGUGUUGACAGACGCGGAUAACGGAGACCAGGCACUUUUUUCUUUUUUUUUUCCUAUUGUAAUAUGUUAAGUGAUAAUUUCUGUGAUCUAAAGUUAAAAUAAAUGAGUAAUCAAAGCAAUAAAUGGUCAGAAGCAUUCAAAA